AGUGAAUGAGAGAGACGGCGACGUCGUAUGAUAUGCCGGACAACAUCCAACAUUAGAAUUCUGUUUAAUUGAUCUGAAAUAAUACACUCAUUUUUGAGUGCGUCUCUUACAGUAGUACAAAAUAUUUAGCGGGGAAAGAGUUAACCAGAGAAUAUAGUAAUCCUAUUUUUUCCCAAAAACAACGGGAUCAUUCAAGUUCUGAACGCAAGAUUGAGUGAAAGCUGAGGAGAAAAGUAUUUUAUCCCACAUUGUGAGGUGAAUUUACACAUUCAUAAUGUCGGGGAGUGAAGACGAACGGGAUGAUUUUGGACACAAUGAAGAACGAAGCAUGAUCCAAGAUGAGGAAGAGCUGGAGGAGGACAUUUCAGAGGGCGAAGCCCCCAAGGUGAAGAAGAAGAAGAAAGCCAAGAAGAGCAAAGAGAGCAAGAGCAGCAAGAGAGCGCGGCAAAGACGUGAAGUGAGUUCCCCAGAGCCCAUGGAGGCCCCACUGGUGGAGGAGCACGAGGAGGCCCCCGCCGCAGCCGCCCGCUCGGACAGCGAGGGCAGCGACUACACACCGGGCCGCAAGAAGAAGAAGCGCGCCAGCACCUCGGCCAAGGACAAGAAGAGGAGCAGCAGCGCCGCCGACAGGAGUGGAGGGGGAAGCGCCUCCAAGUCCAGGAAAGAGCCCGAGGAAGAGGAGGAGGAAGAUGAUGACGACAGCUCGGAACCUAAGACUUCAUCUCAGCUCCUGGACGACUGGGGCAUGGAGGACAUUGACCACGUCUUCAGUGAAGAGGACUACAGAUCUCUCACCAAUUACAAAGCCUUCAGCCAGUUCGUCAGACCCCUCAUUGCGGCAAAGAACCCGAAGAUCGCCGUGUCCAAGAUGAUGAUGGUGCUGGGCGCCAAGUGGCGCGAGUUCAGCACCAAGAACCCGCUGCGAGGCUCGGCCACCGCCACAGCCGCCCUGGCCGCAGCCAACGUGGCCGCCACCGUAGACAGCAUGGUGACCGAGCCGCCAGCCGCCGCCGCUGCGCCCACACCCCCGCCACCCCCCGAACCACUGCCGCCGCCCGCACCGCCCCUCCGCAAGGCCAAGACGAAAGAGGGAAAAGGUCCCAAUGCGCGCAAGAAGUCCAAGCCCGCCCCCAAACCUCAGGAGAAGAAGAAUGUGAAGGCCAAGAAGGUUGCCCCUCUGAAGAUCAAGCUGGGAGGCUUCAACAGCAAGCGGAAACGCUCCUCGAGCGAAGAGGAUGACAACGACGCGGACAGUGACUUUGACGCCAACGACAGCAUGAACAGCGUGUCUGUGUCAGACAGCUCCAACAGCCGCAGCAGCCGCUCCAAGAAGAAGCCGGCCAAGCCCUCGUCCAGCAAGAAGAAGAAGAAGGUUGAGGAGGACGGUGACGGCUAUGAGACGGACCACCAGGACUACUGUGAGGUGUGUCAGCAGGGUGGGGAGAUCAUCCUGUGCGACACCUGCCCCCGCGCCUACCACAUGGUCUGCCUGGACCCCGACAUGGAGAAGGCCCCCGAGGGGACCUGGAGCUGCCCACACUGCGAGAAGGAGGGCAUCCAGUGGGAGGCGCGCGAGGAGGGCUCGGACGGCGAGGAGGAGGCAGAGGUGGCGGCCGAGGAGGACGACCACCACAUGGAGUACUGCCGCGUCUGCAAGGACGGAGGAGAGCUGCUCUGCUGCGACUCCUGCCCCUCCUCCUACCACAUCCACUGCCUCAACCCGCCCCUGCCCGAGAUCCCCAACGGGGAGUGGAUAUGCCCCCGCUGCUUGUGUCCUGCCCUCAAGGGUAAGGUGCAGAAGAUCCUCACGUGGCGCUGGGGUGACCCGCCCGCCCCCACCCCUGUCCCCCGUCCCCCAGACCUUCCCGCCGACCAGCCUGACCCUGCCCCACUGGCCGGCCGCGCCGAGAGGGAGUUCUUCGCCAAGUGGCACAACAUGUCCUACUGGCACUGCUCAUGGGUGUCGGAGCUACAGUUGGAGCUGCACUGUCAGGUGAUGUUCCGCAACUACCAGCGCAAGAACGACAUGGACGAGCCGCCGCCCAUCGACUUUGGCGUGGAGGGCGAGGAGGAGAAGAGCGACAAGCGCAAGAACAAGGACCCCAUCUACGCCCAGAUGGAGGAGAAGUUCUACCGCUACGGCAUCAAGAUGGAGUGGAUGAUGAUCCACCGCAUCCUCAACCACAGUUCGGAUAAGAAGAACAACGUGCACUACCUGAUUAAGUGGAAGGACCUGCCGUACGACCAGGCCAGCUGGGAGGCCGAGGACAUGGACAUCGCAGACUACGACGCCUACAAGCUGCAGUACUGGAACCACAGGGAGCUGAUGAUGGGUGAUGAAGGCAAGCCUGGUAAGAAGCUGAAGAUCAAGGGCAAGCAGAAGAGGCUGGACAGGCCUCCAGAGAACCCCGUGGUGGAUCCCACCAUCAAGUUUGAGCGUCAGCCGGAGUACCUGGACUCGACAGGCGGCACGCUCCACCCCUACCAGCUGGAGGGCCUGAACUGGCUGCGCUUCUCCUGGGCACAGGGCACCGACACCAUCCUGGCCGACGAGAUGGGUCUGGGAAAGACAGUGCAGACCGCAGUGUUCCUCUACUCCCUCUACAAGGAGGGUCACUCCAAGGGACCGUUCCUGGUGAGCGCGCCCCUGUCCACCAUCAUCAACUGGGAGCGUGAGUUCGAGCUCUGGGCCCCCGACAUGUACGUGGUCACGUACGUGGGUGACAAGGACAGCAGGGCGGUGAUCCGCGAGAACGAGUUCACCUUCGAGGACAACGCAAUCCGCGGAGGCAAGAAGGCCUCAAGGAUGAAGAAAGAAACUCAGGUGAAGUUCCACGUGCUGCUGACCUCGUACGAGCUGAUCACCAUCGACAUGGCCAUCCUGGGCUCCAUCGAGUGGGCCGCCCUGGUAGUGGAUGAAGCACACAGGCUGAAGAACAACCAGUCCAAGUUCUUCAGGGUGCUGAAUAACUACCCUCUCCAACACAAGCUGCUGCUGACCGGAACACCUCUGCAGAACAACCUGGAAGAACUCUUCCAUCUGCUGAACUUCCUCACGCCCGAGAGAUUCAAUAACCUGGAGGGCUUCCUGGAAGAGUUUGCCGACAUUGCCAAGGAGGACCAGAUCAAGAAGCUGCACGACAUGCUGGGUCCGCACAUGUUGCGGCGUCUGAAGGCCGACGUCUUCAAGCACAUGCCCUCAAAGACCGAGCUCAUCGUCAGAGUAGAGCUCAGCCCCAUGCAGAAGAAAUAUUACAAGUUCAUCUUGACGCGCAACUUUGAGGCUUUGAACACGCGUGGAGGUGGCAAUCAGGUGUCCCUGCUGAACGUGGUCAUGGACCUCAAGAAAUGCUGUAACCACCCCUACCUGUUCCCAGCUGCCGCCAUGGAAGCUCCAAAGAUGCCCAAUGGCAUGUACGAGGGCACUGCCUUGACCAAAUCUGCAGGAAAGCUGCUCCUACUGCACAAGAUGAUGAGGAAGCUCAAGGACGGAGGGCACAGAGUGCUGAUUUUCUCUCAGAUGACCAAAAUGUUGGACCUGCUGGAAGACUUCCUGGAAAACGAGGGCUACAAGUAUGAGCGUAUUGACGGAAGCAUCACUGGAGGACAGAGACAGGAAGCCAUUGAUCGUUUCAAUGCUCCGGGCGCUCUCCAGUUUGCCUUCCUGUUGUCGACCAGGGCUGGUGGUCUUGGUAUUAACUUGGCCACGGCCGACACAGUCAUCAUCUAUGACUCCGACUGGAAUCCUCACAAUGACAUUCAGGCUUUCAGCAGAGCCCAUCGUAUCGGUCAGAACAAGAAGGUGAUGAUCUACCGCUUCGUCACCAAGGCAUCGGUGGAGGAGCGAAUUACUCAGGUGGCCAAGAAGAAGAUGAUGUUGACCCAUCUGGUGGUGCGGCCGGGUCUAGGCUCCAAGACUGGCUCCAUGUCCAAGCAGGAGCUGGACGACAUCCUCAAGUUCGGAACUGAAGAGCUCUUCAAGGAUGAACUAAGCGCUGAUGGCGAAAACAAGGAAGAGGACAGCACUGUGAUCCACUACGAUGACAAGGCCGUCGACCGGCUACUGGACCGCAACCAGGAUGCCACCGAGGACACUGAGAUCCAGAGCAUGAACGAGUACCUCAGCUCCUUCAAGGUGGCCCAGUACGUGGUGAAGGAUGAGGACGAAGAGGAGGAGGAGGUGCAGCGUGAGAUCAUCAAGCAGGAGGAGAGCGUGGACCCAGACUACUGGGAGAAGCUGCUGCGCCACCACUACGAGCAGCAGCAGGAGGACCUGGCCCGCAACCUGGGCAAGGGCAAGCGCAUUCGCAAGCAGGUCAACUACAACGAUGGCUCCCAGGAGGACCGAGGUAGUAGACGGGAUUGGCAGGAUGACCAGUCCGACAACCAGUCCGAUUACUCGGUGGCUUCUGAGGAGGGCGAUGAAGACUUUGACGAGAGAGUCGAAGGUAUGAACAACCGGCGACCCAACAGGAAAGGCCUGAGGAACGACAAAGACAAGCCACUGCCCCCUCUGCUGGCCAGAGUUGGAGGCAACAUUGAGGUACUUGGUUUUAACGCUCGGCAGAGGAAGGCCUUCCUGAACGCAGUGAUGCGUUACGGCAUGCCACCUCAGGACGCCUUCACCACACAGUGGCUGGUCAGGGACCUCCGAGGCAAAUCUGAGAAGGAGUUCAAGGCGUACGUGUCGCUCUUUAUGAGGCAUUUGUGCGAGCCUGGUGCUGACGGCGCCGAGACGUUCGCAGACGGUGUUCCAAGAGAAGGCUUGUCGCGGCAACACGUCCUGACUCGUAUCGGCGUGAUGUCACUCAUCCGCAAGAAGGUUCAGGAGUUUGAGGAGGUGAACGGCCAGUGGUCCAUGCCCUGGAUGAUGGAACUGGAGGAGAGCAAGAAGGCUGCAGCCGCUGCGGCCGCCGCCCAGCCAGAGUCCCCCGGGAAGACCCCCUCUACGGGAACGCCAGCAGACACCCAGCCCAACACCCCUGCACCGGAGGAUGCAUCCAAAACUGAGGAUGCCAAUAAGGAGGUGGACAAAGAGAAGGAACAGAAGAAGGAUGGGGAGGUAGAGAAGAACGGAAAGGAAGGAAAGGCUGAAGAUUCAGAGGUUAUCGCCAUCCCUGAUGAUGACAAGCCCUCGGGCGAGCAGAAGGACAAGGACAAGGAGCCUGAGAAGGAGAAGAAGGAGGCCGACGGAGACGCCGAGGCAGACAAGGCCACCAACGGGGAAGAGAAGGACAAGGAAGAGAAGAAGGAGAAGGAUGGCGAGAAAGAGAAGGAGGAGAAGAAGGAGAAGGAUGGCGAGAAGGCAGACGAGAGCAUGGACACGAGUGAGGAGAAGAAGCCUGAAGCAGCAGCCGACGCCAAGCAAGAGGGCUCCAACGGCAAAGUGGACGAUGCUGAAAUGAAAUCUGAAGACAAGAAGGAAGACAAGGCUGAGAAGAUGGACACCACCCCGGCAGCUGACAAGAAAGACUGUAAGGAUGAGAAGGAGGGCGUGAAGACAGAGGAGCCAGCUAAGCUGCAGAACGGAGACAGCAGCAAGGACGGAGCCGCCACGCCGGGCGCCAGCGAGGAGAAGAAGAAGACCAAGACGCGCUUCAUGUUCAACAUCGCCGACGGAGGAUUCACAGAGCUGCAUUCCUUGUGGCAGAACGAGGAGCGGGCUGCCACGGUUACCAAGAAGACCAACGAGAUCUGGCAUCGUCGCCAUGACUACUGGCUCCUGGCUGGCAUCAUCCAACACGGCUACGCACGCUGGCAGGACAUUCAGAACGACGUGCGGUUCGCCAUCCUCAACGAGCCCUUCAAGGGCGAGAUGAACCGCGGCAACUUCCUGGAGAUCAAGAACAAGUUCCUGGCCAGGAGGUUUAAGCUGCUAGAGCAGGCCCUGGUGAUCGAGGAGCAGCUGCGCAGGGCGGCCUACCUCAACAUGUCGGAGGACCCCUCGCACCCCAGCAUGGCCCUCAACACGCGCUUCAGCGAGGUGGAGUGCCUGGCCGAGUCGCACCAGCACCUCUCCAAGGAGUCCAUGUCUGGCAACAAGCCUGCCAACGCAGUCUUGCACAAAGUGCUGAAACAGUUGGAGGAGCUGCUGAGCGACAUGAAAGCCGAUGUCACGCGUCUCCCGGCAACCAUCGCCCGGAUACCUCCUGUGGCCGUGAGGCUGCAGAUGUCCGAGAGGAACAUCCUCAGCCGCCUGGCCAGCAGGGGCCCCGACACACAGUCACAGCAGGUAUCACAGCAACAGCAGCAGCAGCCGCAGCAGUAGCCUGUAGGGCUCGCCGUCGAGACCUCGAAACAUCGAAAACCUCGAACCUCGACCUCCCCUGCCCCCUAAGCACCGCCCACCACCUCAACAUUCCUGAUUGGCACCUCAGAGGACAUUUCGCCUUAGCUUGAAGCCACACCCCUUUACCUAUAUAUGGACAUGCAGCGUUUCUAAUGGCUUUAAACCCAGGAAGGCUAAGGAAACUAAGCUAUUUUAUUAUUUUACUUUCCUUUUUUUGUUUCUGAUUUUUUUUUCUUUAAUAUUAUUGAUAUAAUGUUAUUAUGAAAUUUUGGGACCUAAAAUAAAAAUUCAAUAAAGGCCUCUGUUUUUCCCCCCUUUUUUAAA